GGCGGCCGUGACAGGGAGCGGGGCCGGGGCGGCUCCCGCCUUGGUGCUGAGGAGCCGCCGGGUGCGCGGGGCCGCUCCGCAGCGGGCGGCUGCAGGGGGGCGGCUCCGUGACGGGCUGCGCGGGCACCCCGCGGCGCUGCACGGCACGGCCGGGGGAAGGGCGGCAGCACGCGGCUCCUGGCGGCUCCUGGGGUGCGUCGUGUGCCGCCCGGCACAGGUGUGUUUUGUGAGGAUCCUAGCGCUCCAUCACUCCUCACCUCAUCAGCCUGCUGUAAACCAGCUGCACCUCGCAGAUCAGGCAGCACAGGAGCUGGGCUGCAUAUUAUAUCCGCACAGGGCUUCCACCGGUGCUGAGCCGUCCUCACCUGGUCAUUCCUUCCCAUAACAGCAGGCUUAAGCAGCCAAAGAUGAGUCGUGGAUUUUCAGAAAACAAUAACUUUCCCUAUGACAAUAACCAAAUGGUUUUGGAUAUGAUCCUGUGCUCCCUAAUCGGUGUUCCCCAGCCUAUCAACUGGGACAGCGUGGCAAGGCUCGUUCCAGGAUAUACAUCCAAGGAGUGUGCAAAAAGGUUUGAUGAACUAAAAAGCAGUGGAAGUUCACCCGUUGACAACCAGUAUAAUCCCCUGAUGGCUGCUGGUGGGAAUCCUGUGGAAACUUUAGCCACGUACAUCAAAUCCUCCUUGCUCAAUACACAGACAGAGUUUCAGGAGCCUGCUAUUGGGCAGGAUUCCAUUACAAUAACUGGAAGGCCCAGCACAACCUCUGCAAGGAAUUGUUCAUCAGAAUCUGAGAAAGGUCCUGUGCAUAACAGUGGAGAAAACGCUGACGAAAGCCAAGGGCCAAACAUGGUGAUACAUGUGUGUGAUGAAGCAAAAAACCUCAAAGAAGAUUUUGUUUGUCCUCGAGACCUUUUGAUAUCAGAAAUGAAAUACUUUGCUGAAUAUCUGUCAGUGGAUGCCCAGCGCUGGGAGGAGGUGGACAUUUCCGUGCACUGUGAUGUUCACAUCUUUGACUGGUUGAUAAGAUAUGUUAAAAGGAACACCAAAGAUUGCGAAGCUAAUGAUAUGCCCACUCUAGAACCAGCAAAUGUCAUAUCAAUUCUUAUUUCUUCUGAGUUUUUGAAGAUGGAUUCAUUAGUAGAAAAAUGUAUUCAUUAUUGCCACAAAAAUAUGAAUGCUAUUGUAGCCACACCAUGUAAUAUGAAUUGUAUCAAUGUUAACCUUGUCACAAAUAUUGCUGAUCUCUUCACGCACAAUGAAGUGGAAGAGCUGAAGGACAAGAGAGAUAAAUUCAAAAGUAAACUGUUCUGCAAGAAGAUUGAGAGACUAUUCGAUCCAGAGUACGUAAAUCCAGAUUCUCGGGGAAGCGCUGCAACAUUAUACAGAUGCUGUUUAUGUAAAAAGCUGCUAACUAAAGAAACUGAAAGGAGAAUUCCAUGUGUCCCAGGAAAAAUCAACAUAGAUCAACAUGGGAAUAUUGUCUUUGUACAUAUAAGAGAUAAAACCUGGGAAGUCCAUGAGUACUUAAUUGGCCUUCAUGAAGAAUUAAAAUCUUGGCGUGAUGUUUAUUGGCGUCUCUGGGGGACUGUCAAUUGGUUGACCUGCUCAAGAUGUAAUCAAUGUUUCCUGUGUACUGAAUUCUCCCAUUGCCAGUACCAUCCACAGCCAGUUCUUUAUCCAGGUGUAGCAAGUGCUCUGGGCUCAACUGGGACAGGAGUAUAUCCCUGUUGUAACCAAAAAGUGCUUCGAUUUGAUCCUACUACCCUCCCAAAGGGCUGUCAAGUGAGGGAUCACAUGGUCGGCUCGCCCUCAGGAAAUGAAGAUGAGGAUGAUUUAUCAUCUCAGACUACUAAAAUACUGAAUGAUUUGCUCCAUCAUAGAGACGUUAUUGUUGUUCCUUUCACUAAGGAUGAGAAUAGUGACUCUGGCAUUGGGCUCUGUGAUGAAAAAGGCAUUGAAUGUGACGUACUCGUAGAGCCAAAUACACCGUGGGGCCCCAAAACUGGAGAAGUCAAUGCUUUUCUUUCUCUGAAGAACUGGACUUUACAACUGAAACAGCAGUCAUUGUUAUCUGAAGAAGAGGAGUAUACCACUGGCUCAGAGAUCACUGAGGAUGAAGUGGGGGAUGAAGAAGAAGUAUGCAGGAAACCAGGGAGAAAGGAGAAAUUAAAGAAAUUCUACAAGCACCCAAAGAAAGUGCUUUCUUCACCUAGUAUUCAGAAAAAGGAGAAGGCAUCUGAGAAGUCAAGUUCCCGAGAUGCAUCUCCUUUCAUCGUGAGUAUGCAGCAGAACAAAUGGGAUGCCUCCAGGUCACUAAGAUUCAAUCAAGAUGCUCAAAGAGAAGAUGAUCAGAGAAGAAUGUCUGAGAUUACAGGGCACUUAAUAAAAAUGAGACUGGGAGACCUUGAUCGAAUCAAAUCAAAAGACAGCAAAGAAUAUGCAGGAGGUAUUUAUUCUAGACUUGAAGCUCAGAUAAAGGCCUCAGCGCAUGUCAGUACCCGACAAAUCAAUGCUGAGAAGAAUGCCAGGUCAAAAUCCCGUUUUGGUCAAGGCCGUCCAACAUAAGGAUUUAUGGAAAAACUGUAGCUGGAAUACUUCACUGCUUCCUGAAGCUAUAUGGCACUUUGAUAUACGGAGAAUGCGUAUCUCCAAAAGCUUUGACUUGAUAAGCAGUGACUUAUUUAUUACUUUUCACUUUGUAAAUUAUUUUGUGUGAUAAAUGAAUGCAAGUCCAAUAAGGUCUGUACUUAUUUCAAUUGUAAAUAUACUAUUUCUUAUAUUUAAAUUUAAUUGCUUUUUAGGCUAUUGUGUUGAGUUGCAUAGAAAAUAUUUUAUAAACAUACAAAGUUAACUUAUUCAACUAACUUUAUUUAUGGGGAAGACAAAUAUUUCUUUUGGUAUGAUAGAAAUAGUAAAAAGGAAAAAGCAAGACUACUGAAUUCUGAGUACAGUCAGCAGUGUUAAUACUGCUAAAAUAUAUAUAUGUAUAUUUAUGUUGCAUUUGAUAGUAUGUUUUAGGUCAGUCUUCUGGGGAUUUGCAUUUAAAGUCAGUGACAAUACAGUAGCUGUGACUUAGAUUAGUUUAAGCAGUUUAAUGCAGUUCUGAGGCUUCCUUCUGUAUAGCCACACAAUUCCCAUUGAUGUGAAGGUGGGUAUCAGGUGGAGACUAGACCUCUGAAGAUUAUUGAAAUACUGUGAUGAUGCAGUAUCUCAUCUUGCAUGUGGAACACUUGCUUUACUUGCAUGUGAAAUUAAUUCUUAUUUCUAUAUCAUACCUGAUUCCUCUUGCACAAUACAAUGUUUUGUUCCCGUCUGAUGUCCAGACCUUAGGAGGCAAAGCAGUUCCGUCUCUUUGCCUUACCACUAAAUUACCUAGCAGAUAAGUUAUUAAUUAGCCAUCUUCAAAUGAGAGGAAUCAUUAGGACAAUUUGUGCAUAUAGAUAUUUUGGGUCUAGUUUCUAUCUGAAACCUGCCUCAAUAACACUGUUUAGAAGUCAGAUGCACUUUCAAGUUCCGUAUUUGGAGCAAUAGAAUACAAGUUUGUGUAUAUGUCAAAUCUAGGGCUACCAAAAUGAAAUAAGUUGCCUAGAAAAUAAUUCAUAUAUGAGCAAAGAAAAUGGCAAUAAUGGCAAUAAUAAUGGCUGAAUUCAAGUAAACACAUUCUGACUUUUUUGAAACAGGUAGAAAGAGCGCUCAGGGAAAGUUUAUUCUGGACCACAGCUGUAAAAAAACAAAACAAAAAAAAAAAGUGAGUUUGGUGUAAUUUUAAGUCUGCAAGAUCCUGGGGGGAAGGACAGGGUGGGACAAGGAGAGGGAGAUCAUCAUUGAAAUGCACUCUUCUCUCCACUCAGGCCUUUUUGUUUGUCUUGUUUCUUGAGAAUUUUCAGUAGGCAUUAGAAGACUAUGAUAGCAAUACUUGAAAAUAUUGCUUUCAAUGUGGAAGAUUUUUUAAUAAAUUAAAAAUGAAUGUUUAUUAUGUGUUUUGUCCAAUGCAAAUUCAGAGCCCAAAUGAAACUAACGGGCAAAACUGUGCAUUUCAGUGGCUUUGACCUGUAUUUAAGGAAGUAAGGCUUUACUAAUGCCUCAGGUCUGUUUGCAAGUAGUACUGCAGCUUUAGGCCAUUAUAAUAAACAUUGAAAGACUGAUUGUUGUAUGCUGAAAGAGAAAGUAUUUAAAAUCCACUGAAUAAAAAAAAUAAUUAACAGAACAAGGGUUUUGCUACAAUACUGUAGCUUCUGAUAGAGGAUUAUUCCAAAUAGUGAACUUUGCCAUAAAAGUUGCAGGCUGCAUGUGUGUGUGUGUUGUUUUCUUAAAACUACUGACUAGAAAAGGAGGGAAAAUCCUUCUGGUUUUGUUUUGUGGGGAAAAAGCUAGUUUUAUGUGCCAGUAUUGUUAUAUUCAAAAGUAUUUUUGAGCAUAUAACAAUAGCAUACAUGAUAUGCGGUCUUUUUUCCCCCCUUGCCUACCACCUUGAAUUUUUAUCUUGUAUUAAUUUUGAAAAUUGUCUUGGUUUAAUGGAAAUAAAAGUUACUGAUUUAAGAA